AUGAACGCCCUAUCAAGCCCGGAGCAACUAUGGCGAAUCGGAUUGAUCCUGCUAGCCGCCACUGUACUUUAUGCCCUUGUCAACAAAGCACUCGGAAAGUCUUACUUGACCGGAAUCACGCUGCGAGGUCGAAAGAACUCAACAGCUACAACACCACCUCGAUCCUUCUCCCCAGAAAAGACUGCAACAAGCCCAAAAUCGCCGUCCACCUAUACCACCGCUUUACCACCCCAACGCAGAAAAGCACUAGCCGAUAUAAAAUGUGCGAAUGCGCCAUACCGCGACGUGAGCGAAGACGAAGUCCAUCGCAACAUCCUGCCCAUGAGCGCCGACUAUAGGUCAAGCCUAGGUAACAAAUAUACCCCGACGGGAUUUUCUGUGCAUGAAAUCAAGGCACUGGGGGACUUCCCAGACUAUGCGACCUUGAGUGGAGUACCCCUUCCCAGCCCAUAUCCCGAAUUUGAUAUUGAGAAGGCACUGCCUCGGCCUUAUCGUCCGUUCAGAUGGGCAUACCACCAGACCAUGUCUUUAACAAAGCUUGAAUCUGACUGGUGGAUCGAGCUUGAAAAUACAUACAAAAAGCGCAUUGCCCAGCGCAAGGAAUUGUAUGCAACGAGGGGCAAGGAAGUACUCGAUUGUAUGCCAGGGUCCGAGUUGGCCUGCAAGGAGAUCAUGGAAAUGGUACUGCAGUUCAUCUGUGCUCGGUAUCCACAGUAUUUCACCCUGGUGGACAAUCGGAUACUGCAUAACAAGAUCCUCGGUACAGAGCAGGACGUGACGGCUAAGCCUCCUCUUGAGGUCCUGCUGGAUAACGUACCAGAGGAUUUCGGUAUCAUGCUUCGUGAUGACACGACGGGAUAUUACUUCCUGCGUGCGGCCGUCAUCUGCUCGGCGUUGGGAUGGAAUGUAGCGACUAAAGUUGGGAAGCAGUUGCAUGAGAUUCAUGAGCCUAUUCCAGAUUACAAGGAGAAGAUGCAGUUCUCCAUGGAUCGGUUCUUUACCAAGAUGCCCACCGAGAAACCAAUCCAGAGAGGAUCCUGGGGUUUGGAAAUCGGGCAGCCAUUGUAUAUGCCACCGGGCGACCCGCACGAAAAGCUCCGGCUAUCUCAGCGGCCUGAUCUGGCGCUUGAUGAGUGCCAUCUGCGAGUAGACUGGCAGACCUUGAGACGGCUUCCCUUGUCGGGCGCUGUUGUCUUCAACUUCAAGGGCCUUUUCACUCCCGUCAAGGAAUUCCGCGAUGAGCCUGGUGUGCCGACUUUGGUCGCGAAGCUCCUCACGGAUGGUAAGAAGCAUCUCAUGGAAUACAAGGGUGUAUGGCACGUGCAACAUGUCUUGCUACCUAGUUUGAAGGAAUGGGCGAAAGAGCAGGAAGAUAAAGGCUGGGUUCCGAAGGAUUGGGAGGUCGCUACUUUGGAUGAUAGUCCGUGGUUUAAGGGUUGGCAGGAGAAGUGGCAUCGGCAGCAGGGAUUCUAG